CUAGAGGUUAUCGUUUAACUGUAUAUUUGAAUUAAAACAUGAAUCAUUUAUAAAAAAUUUAAUAGUUUUUUCAUCAGAAACCAACUUCAGGUCGUUUAAAUAACCAAAUAACUUCGUGUCGAAAAUUCAUUGCUCAUUUUAAGAUCAUAUCAUAUGUAAUAUCGUGACAUUUAAUAAUAACAAUAUAUAUAAAUUAAUAAAUUCUAUUGUUCAGUUAAUAAUGAAUAGUAAAAUAAUAUUUUAGUUUGUGAGUACAAUGAAAAUAAUUACAACAAUUAAAUAAAAUUUAUUUUUAAACGGAAUAUUGACGUGUCUCAUAAUUAGUGGGUGGUUAUAAAAUGAAAGUGCAAAAAUAUAAAACUAUAAUUAUCCGAUUCAUUACAUGAUUAAUUAAUAAACAAUAAAUUUAUUUUAUUUAAAUUUCAUAAUUAAUUUAUUCCAAGUGGUAACGAUAAAAAAAAUAUAAAUUUUGAUCAUUUUUUUUUGUUUGGUUAAAAACGUGAUUGUAAUUCAGUUUGAAUUUUAAAAAUAUUUUUCAACAAUUGACGUAAUUGAAUGGAUUAAUAAAUUAACAUUUAUAUUAAUAAUGAAAGACAUGACUUUACUGUCUUUACAAUAUUAUAUUUUGUAUUCGUAUAUGAGUAAACUGUUUUUUAAAAAAAAUAUUUUUUAUGAAUUAACGUAAAAAUUUUUUGAAUUUAAAAGUUUUAAAAAGCUGAAAAAUGUCUGCAAUGAAAUUAAGUAUGCAAGAUAAAAAAGAUUUGGAUAAAUUUAUGAAGUUUUUGGCUUUUAAAGCUGCACAAAUAAUUGUACAGUCAAGAUCUGGUGAAAAAGUUAUUACUAAAUGUAAACCAGAUUCUUCAGGAGCAGAUUGGUUUAAUUUGGCAGUUCACGAUCUUCCUGAGGUCCUAGCAGAAGCCAAAAAAGUGUUGUGCGGUGAAGCAAUAAGUUCUUCGAUACCAUUAUGUAUAGAAAUAUCAUUAAGAACUAUCGAAGGUGAUACAAUGGUCCUAGAAACAUGGAGUUUGGGUGUUUUACCUGAACAAAGUGAUCCUACAAUAAGAGUUACUUAUACUGUUUAUAAUAGAAUGGGAAUUUUACUUAAAUCAUUACUUUCGAUAUCGAGAGUUACGCCUGCUUAUAAACUAAGUCGUCGACAAGGACCAGAUUCAUAUGUUAUUUGUUAUAGAAUUUAUAUGGGUGAACCACAACUUCAUACACUAGGAGAUAAUUAUAAACAUAUAAGAGUUGGUCAACUUUGUACUCCUGUUGGUACAAUUCAUUUAUCAGUAUCCUAUCGGACUAAAAUGACGAUAUCACCCACGCACACAAGCCGGGAUUCUAUAAUGCUCAAAAGUGAUCACUUUCACUCAGAUCUAAGUCCAAGACACGCUCGAUAUCAACAGAGUGAAGAAAUAUCAAAAUCAUUAAGUGAUACUAUUAAAGUGGGAGCGUUUGUUGUUAAUAACAAAGUUGUUGUAAAUGAAGAAGACUUAGUUAUACCAGAUGUACCAUUUAGUGCAUUAUUAACUCCAAGACAAACAUCCCCACCUCUUGGACUUAUUCCUGAUAGACCGAGUCCUCCGACAUCAACCUCCGCAACAACUACAGCUUCUACUGCUCCCGUUAAUUCUACUACAGCUGCGACUUCUGUUCUCACGUGUACUCCAUUGAGCAGCGUCGUAGGAGCUAAUUUGGAUACAAAUAAUGGAAAUAAUGAUAAAUCAUCAUCAAUUGGCAACGCAACGUCCAAAUGUAAUUCAAGGAAUGGAUCAAGAAGAAGUAGCUGCUCAAUCACCAGCGCGAACGACGAUUUCAUUAUGGUAGACUUGAAAACUCCUUUUGCUAGUACUAAUACAAAUAGUGAUUUGAGUGCUUUUUAUCGUGAAUGCCAGAGUGCACCGCAACUUCAAGCAUUCUUGGAAGAAGAAAGAACAUUGGCUGAACAAGUUGGUGAUCUUACUAAACAAUUAGAGACAUUUGAAAUAAAUAUGCAAAAGUAUGAAGAUAUACUUUCUACGUUGUGUCAAACUGAUAAUAAUAAUCAGUAAUUAAUAUUUAAAAGAAAAAAAAGUAUAUGUAUAAUAUAUAGACUGUGUCAAAAAAUCGACUAUUUUUUUUUUUUUUUUUUUUUUUU